CAGUUGAGCCUGCUUGUGUGACGUAGGGUGAUAAUUGGUCUAUAGGAGACGAGAUAAGGAAACGUUUCCAUGUGAUUCAGCCGCCGAGCUAGCACUCUAGUCGAACUUACCUAGUGUUUCCAGGGCUCUCAAGUCUCACGCCCAUUCGCUCAGACUUCCCGCCUUUGGAGUUUCGCGCCAGUUAAGGUGGUCUCGCGGUCCAGUGGUAGUUUACCUCAGACUGAUUUCAUCUCAGGAUUGGAACACAUUAUCAGAAGCCCCACGGACCUCCAGACCCCCUUCUAGGAGACCAGCUGCUCCGACACACACACCUGCAUCACAGCCCCCCAUUGGGGAGGUAGCGGGACCCAGCAAGGGGGCCAGACCCACCCUGGAAGAGAUGCUGAGUGAGGAGGAUCUGGCCUUCCUCAGAGACGCCAGCCCCCCGACACAGACGCUCUCCCUGACAUCGGCGGGCCAGAGCACCAGUGGGGGGGGCACUCACGGAGGGGGCGCGGGAAACCCCGGACAGGGUUCCCGCGGGGUCUUAAAAAGUCUUAAAAAGUCUUAAAUUCGGAACUUUAAAUUCAAGGCCUUAAAACGUCUUAAAAACGGCCAUAUUUUCAUCCGAGGUCUUAAAUUUAAUUUAGUCAGGUCUUAAAAAUGGGGUUCUCUCGUUCAUUUCCAGAAACGGGCGCAGAAAGUUAUUACAAAGUAGCAAACAAAAAUUGAGUCAUAAAAUACAUAGCGGAGCUCUAGAGUCUUUGCUACAACGCUGCCCUGAGAACGUUGGUUCGGUGUGUUGUAGUUCUUUCGGGGGAUAUUGGUGAUGGUACGUACGUGGUGAUGGAACUACAAAUCCCAUGAUGAAUGCAUUGCAAUACUUGCCCGCGAAAUACGUUUGUGUCUCCUCAGAGUUUGAAAAGUUUGGUUAUGUGAGAAAAUGGGAAAGUGUAGUUUCAAAGAGUCAUGGCUAGAGCACAUCGAUUUCCGCUGUUGGUUAGUAGCGGUACCCAGCUCCAGGUACGAGGCUCGCUGUAAACUAUGUCUAAAAAAUAUUAAAUUAGGGACUCUGGGUGUGAAGGCGCUGGAGUCACACGCAAGAGCGGAGAAACACAAAGUAGCCAUAAAAUGCCUUCAGCGGACACAACCAAUUAGUGAGUUUUGUGCCUCACCCCUGCCUUCCCUGCCGUCUUCCUCCUCAAUGCCGGGCCCCUCCGGUCUUCAGCGCAAUAUCGCAGCUCCCUCGAACGACCUUCGGGCUACUUUUGGAUCGACUGACACGUCGAAAGCCGAGGUGCUGUGGAUACUGCACACGGUGACUAAACAUCACUCAUUUAAUAGCAACAGUGAGAUUGGCGAUCUUUUCCGAGUGAUGUUCCCUGAUUCGGUAAUUGCGAAGACGUUCACUUGCGGGCCCAACAAGAUCGCCUAUGUGGCAAGAUUUGGAUUGGGGGAGUUCAUAAAGAGGGAAUUGAUUCGUUCCAUAACCGGGCCGUAUGUCGUAAUGUUCGACGAAAGUCUUAACCAGACCACCAAGACCAAGCAACUUGACGUCCACGUUCGUUUCUGGAAUAAUGGCAAUGUAAAGUCGAGGUACCUGGGUUCACAGUUCAUGGGACAUGGGACAGCGCGGGACCUACUGAAACAUGUCAAAGAGUCUUUGGAUCAAUUGGACUGCAGCAGGCUGAUGUCAGUCUCCAUGGAUGGGCCUAAUGUUAACUUUAAGUUUUUAGAGCUCCUCCAGCUUGACCAUGCUGAGAACUACGGGGGUGCACAACUGGUGUCCGUUGGCAGCUGUGGGCUCCACACACUGCAUAAUGCCUUCAAGGCUGGCUUUUCGAUGUGGCAUGUGGACAAGCUACUAAAGGCAAUGCACACAUUAUUCCACCAUGUUCCAGCGAGGAGGGAGGACUACGUAAGAGUCACCAAGUCCACAGUGUUCCCUCAGCCAUUCUGCGGCCAUCGGUGGCUGGAAAACCUUCCGGUUAUCGAGAGGGCUCUGGCGGUCUGGCCAUCUCUCCAGCUAUACCUGGAUGCUGUGCACAGAAAAGAGCUGCCAAACCCCAAGACAACACUCUAUGUUGCAGACAUUUGGUCCCCUAUUUGGCCCUUUUCUCUUUUCCUAUUAGGGUAUUGGGUUAGCAUGGACAUCUUGCUUUUGUUAUUCCUUCUUCUAAUGGUCCUGCACCUGUUCUGUGUGCAGUGGCUCUUAUGUAUUUCACACAGGCUUUUUUGUUAUUGAAAACAUUAAAUAGGUGAAGAGUCGGUUUAGGUAUUGAGUGCUGUGAUUUAUCUAUAUAUGCAUAUUUGACUUUUCUUUUAUCACUCACUUUGUUUUAGGGGAUACCAUUGUCCAACAGUUUGAGUCUUUCCUGUCUGUUGAGGCAAGGAACGAAGAACUUCUCAACUUCCAGCCAUUUGAGAACCGACUAGACACCUUCCUACAUGAGGUUAAGCCGUCCCUAUCCUGCUGCUUGGGAUUUUUGCCAGAGGUUGCUCCUUCUUUCACAUGGGCAGGCCUCCGUUGAAAGGGGAUUUUCUGUUAACAAGGAGGUGGAGAUCGAAAACAUGCAUGAGGAGACCAUCGUCACAAAUAGGCUGAUCUGCGACCAUGUAGAGAUGCAUGGGGGUGUGACAAAGGUUCCCCUCACCAGAGAGCUCCUAACAUGUGUGGGUGCAGCCCGCUCAAGGUACCGCAUCUUUCUUGAUCAGGAGCGUACCAAGAAAGAAUCGGAAAUGCAGAGCCUGAAGAGAAAGCUGGCAGAUGAGGGUUUAGAGCAACUAAAAAAGAAAAAGACCAGUUUAAAGGAGGUUUCCGACUGUCUUGCCAGGGAGGCAGACAUGCUUGCCGAGGAAGCCGAGGGAAAGGCUGGCUCAAAGAUGGCCCAGCUCCUCUCCAAGUCAAAUGCCCUCAGAAGGGCG